UCGGUGGCUGUAUCGUUCUUGGGCGAGAAGUAAGAACGCCCCAAUAAAACAAUCCUUUUAUUUUAAAUUCAUCUCCUGCUAUUGAAAAAUUAAAACUCGAACGAAUAAGUCAUUCCUUCCGUAGUUGAGUUCAGUCACUGAGUGGUACGUUAAAAUUCAUUUGUACAUUUUGUUGGUAUUUUCUGGUCGUCGGCUUUGUCUUCUUCAGGCUUUGUGUGUUUGCUUGGGUUGAUCUGGAGAUCUCAUUAUAUCAUCAGCUGCUCCAUGUCCACAUCUGGGGCAGGUCCAUCCAGCAGCAGUAGCAGAGUCCAACACCAGCAGGGCUCUAACAGCAGCAGUGGCCAGACUGAGGCUAACGGGACUACAACCCCCUCACCCCCUCCUCAGUCUUCUGCCAACCCUGCAACCACGGCUACUCCACCUGUCAAAGAAGCCAAAGAAGCUAAACCAAACCCGAAAAUGUCGAAAGCACUCAGCACAUCAGCCAAAAGGAUACAAAAAGAAUUGGCAGAAAUCACACUGGAUCCUCCACCAAACUGCAGUGCUGGACCCAAAGGUGAUAAUUUGUACGAAUGGGUCUCUACCAUCCUCGGUCCUCCCGGAUCGGUCUACGAAGGUGGGGUGUUCUUUUUGGACAUUCACUUCUCUCCAGAGUAUCCUUUUAAGCCACCCAAGGUGACUUUUCGGACGCGAAUCUACCAUUGCAACAUCAACAGCCAAGGUGUUAUAUGCCUGGAUAUUCUCAAAGACAACUGGUCUCCGGCGCUGACCAUCUCCAAAGUGCUGCUGUCAAUUUGCUCGCUAUUGACGGACUGCAACCCCGCCGAUCCGCUCGUCGGCAGCAUCGCCACACAGUACUUGCAAAAUCGAGAAGAGCACGAUCGUGUCGCCCGGCUCUGGACCAAACGUUACGCCACGUGAUUUCCUCCCCUAGUUUUUUUUUGUAAGCUUCUUUAUUAUUUUUUAUUAUUCUUUCAUUUCUACUCCCCUUAAAAAAAAUCUGUCAAAAUCCGCAACUACUCAUGGAACUACAGUUUUCUUUCUUUUUAAAAAAAUUAAAACAACACAUCCUCAUUGAUUUGUUUGGUUGUUUUCUUUUUCGUAAUUCCUAUAACCCUCCACUUUAUUAUUUGGCACACCUAGAGGAUUUUUUGUAAAGCUCUAGUCUGGUCCACAUCCAAUUUUUUUU